AGACCUGCUGUUACAUCUGUACAUCUACUGCUAAGUUUUACAUGAAAGUCAUUUGCUUUUCAGAGUGUAAAAAAUGGAUUUGGCCAACCAUGGACUCAUUCUGCUGCAGCAGCUAAAUGCUCAGAGAGAGUUUGGCUUCCUGUGUGACUGCACAGUUGCUAUUGGUGAUGUCUACUUCAAGGCACACAAAUCUGUCCUUGCCUCUUUCUCCAACUACUUUAAGAUGUUGUUUGUUCAUCAAACCAGUGAAUGUGUCCGUUUGAAAGCCACUGACAUACAGCCAGAUAUCUUCAGUUAUCUCUUGCAUUUGAUGUACACGGGGAAGAUGGCACCGCAGCUCAUUGACCCAGUUCGACUGGAACAGGGAAUAAAGUUUCUGCAUGCAUAUCCCCUAAUUCAAGAGGCCAGCCUCGCAAGUCAGGGAACUUUUUCCCACCCGGAUCAAGUUUUUCCAUUAGCAUCUUCAUUAUAUGGCAUUCAGAUUGCAGAUCACCAGAUAAGACAUCCCACUAAGGUUACAUCAGCAUCUGACAAACUCGGGCGGGAGCCGAGGCCCCAGACUUCCCGGAUGAACCCGGAGCAGGUUCCCGAGGGCUCGCAGCUGCCUACGGCCCUGCCACAAGUGACCCGGACAAAUAUGAGCGCGUCCGACCCGCUGCCGUCAUCUCUGUCUCCGGAGCUGGUGUCUGCCGCUGGCAAUAACUCCCCCGCGGGAGAGGAAGCCGCCAUGGAAGCGUCUUCCUCGGAUGAGCAGCCCUCGCUCACCAUAGCGCACGUGAAGCCGAGCAUCAUGAAGAGGAACGGGAGCUUCCCGAAAUACUACGCCUGCCACCUGUGCGGCCGCCGCUUCAACCUGCGGAGCAGCUUGCGCGAGCACCUCCAGAUCCACACGGGCGUCCCCUUCACCUCCUCCCAGCAGGGGGACAGCAACAUCUCCCUGUCCCUCUGUAACAACACGGCGGAGAAGGAGGCCAUGGAGGUGCCCGAGGCGGGAAUGAUCAGCGACAGCGAGCUGCAGCAGAUCUCGGACUCGCCCCUCAUCGACGGGCAGCAGCAGUCGGAGACGCCGCCGCCCUCCGACAUCGCAGACAUAGACAACCUGGAGCAGGCCGACCAGGAGCGGGAGGUGAAGCGGCGGAAAUACGAGUGCUCCAUUUGCGGCCGCAAGUUCAUCCAGAAAAGCCACUGGAGGGAGCACAUGUACAUCCACACGGGCAAGCCGUUCAAGUGCAGCACGUGCGACAAAAGCUUCUGCAGGGCCAACCAGGCUGCCAGGCACGUGUGCCUAAACCAGAGCAUGGACACGUACACCAUGGUGGACAAACAGACGCUGGAGCUCUGCACUUUCGAGGAGGGCAGCCAAAUGGACAACAUGCUGGUGCCGACCAACAAGCCCUACAAAUGUAACUUGUGUGACAAAACGUUCUCAACUCCCAAUGAAGUAGUUAAACAUUCGUGCCAAAACCAGAACUCUGUUUUUACCCUAGAGGAAGAUCGCUCCAUUCUGCUAGGUAGCGGGGACGCGGAAGCCACGGAGACUGAGAAUUCAGUGUUAGCCUCCAUCAAAAAGGAGCAGGAAGCAGUGUUGUUAGACUGAAUGUGAAACCUGUCUCAAUUUUUAACAUUUCUUUAUUCAUUUUUAUUAAACCGAUUUCUCCCUCCCCUCUCUUACCUCACUUUCCUCCUGCCGCCUUUUCCACCAUCCUCCUGGGCGCCCGUUGUCUUCAGCAACCAGAACUGCACCGGCACAUUAGGGAAUGGGACUUUGCCUCUCCCACCAAAACAAACAAAAAGCUCUCGCAUCGAACCACAACAUAAUUGAUUUUAAUACAAAGGAACGCGUGAAAAAGUAAUCCAGCUAACUAUGCUGAUAGGAUUAGCUAAUCUAAAUUGCAUAGAUUUUAAACAGAGUUUAGGUUACUUAAAAGCAUAUUUAGAUACAAUGAUGAGUGUAAUGAGAAACGGAAUGAGUUUGGUAAGCAAAGAGUAUAUAUAUAUAUAUAUAUAUAUGUUUCCCCGGUAAAAGGCAUUUUGAGAAGAUCUGGCAAAAUCAAACUCCAUGUGCAAGUUAAUUAUUAUAACUUAAAAGAAAUCUUUUUUUUUUCCUCAAUCCAAGAAACUAUUAAUUGACUAAAAAAUUGCUGUGGGUUUGGGGUGGGAUUUUUUUUUGCCUUACAUUGUCCUUCAAAUAUGCCUUUGGAUAUCUGUUUCGAGUAGCAUCAUUGAUUCAAACAAAGCAGUUACUUGA